AUGUCUGGAGCAGUACGUAAUUCAUACAAACUAUUUGUUGGCAAUCUGCCUUGGACAAUUGGCCAAAAGGAGCUGCAGUCCUACUUUUCAAAUUUUGGUCAUGUUGCAAACGCCGCUGUUGUAUUUGAUAAGCAGCUUGGCUUCUCUAAAGGCUAUGGAUUUGUGUCGUUUAGCAACCGCGAUGGUUUCAAUAGUGCCUCUAAUAAAAAUACCCAUUUCAUCGAAGGACGUGUACUCAACGUCCAGCCAGCCAACUCAUAACGCGAUUGCAGCAUAAUCUACGAAAUAUAUAAGUGCUCAGCAAAUAUAAUUAAUUUGUAAUUGAACAAUGUCCAAUAAGAUAUUUGUAUUCAAAAAUCAUUUAUUAAAAGCAUUUAGUUAAACUAUAAAA